AUGGAUACGGUGACUGAAGCGCGUCUUGCCAUUGCUAUCGCCCAGGAGGGCGGUAUCGGUAUCGUGCAUAAGAAUUUGACGGUGGAAGCUCAGGCGCGUGAAGUACGGGCGGUCAAGAAAUUUGAGUCGGGGAUCAUACGUGACCCCAUCACCAUCGAUCCGGAUGCCACCAUCCAGACGCUGUAUCAAACAACGCUGGAAAACGGAAUUUCCGGGGUGCCGGUGGUUAGAGGCAAUCAGUUGCUGGGAAUUGUAACCAGCCGUGAUUUACGCUUUGAGAAUCGUCAGAACGCUCACGUCGUAGAUGUGAUGACACCCAAAGAGCGUCUGAUUACCGCGCUGGAAGGCACCAGUUUUGCUGAAAUCACCAAACUGCUGCACGAUCACCGUAUCGAAAAAGUGCUGUUGGUUAAUGAAGCCUUUGAGUUAACCGGCAUGGUCACGGUAAAAGACAUCGCCAAAGCCCAGGCCUAUCCCAUGGCCUGUAAAGAUAGUCUUGGCGCCUUGCGCGUCGGCGCCAGUGUGGGCACCAGCGGAGAAACUGAUGAACGUGUUGCGGCGCUGGUCGAGGCGGGUGUGGAUAUUGUUGUUGUCGAUACGGCCCACGGUCACUCUAAAGGCGUGCUGGAUCGAAUCGCCUGGAUCAAACAGACUUAUCCUGAUUUACAGGUGAUCGGCGGCAACGUGGCGACCUAUGACGGUGCCAAAGCGUUGAUCGAUGCUGGAGUUGAUGCGGUUAAAGUGGGCAUUGGUCCGGGAUCCAUCUGUACCACCAGAAUAGUCUCAGGUAUUGGCGUACCACAAAUUACUGCAGUGGCAGAAGCGGCCCGUGCUGCUGAUGUGGAAGGCGUGCCGAUAAUUGCUGACGGUGGUAUUCGCUAUUCCGGCGACAUAGCCAAGGCCCUGGUUGCCGGCGCCAGUGGUGUGAUGGUCGGUAGUCUGCUGGCAGGCACGGAUGAAGCGCCGGGUGAAGUGGAGCUGUAUCAGGGUCGUACCUACAAAUCUUAUCGUGGCAUGGGCUCUCUGGGCGCAAUGUCACAAAGCAAUGGGUCCAGUGAUCGCUACUUCCAGGAAGUCGAGGGUGAUGGCCGCAAGCUGGUGCCGGAAGGUGUUGAAGGACGCGUGGCUUACCGCGGUCCGGUAGGACCUAUCGUGCAUCAGUUGAUGGGCGGUGUUCGUGCUGCCAUGGGUUACACCGGCAGUAAAGACAUAGAGACCAUGCGGACGACGCCGGAAUUUGUGCGCAUCAGCGGUGCCAGCAUGGCUGAAUCUCAUGUGCACGAUGUUGCGAUCACCAAAGAAGAGUUCGCGCCCCAAGGCGUCAUUCUGUCUGGUGGCCCGGAAACCGUCACCGUUGGCGAAACACCACGGCUGGCCGAAGCUAUCCUUGACCUGGGAGUACCUGUGCUGGGGAUCUGUUAUGGCAUGCAGACUCUGGCGGAACAGCUUGGCGGACGUGUGCAGGCUUCAGCCAAGCGCGAGUUUGGCCAUGCCAAGAUUACCGCUGAACGGCCAAGCGCUCUGGUGGGCGCGUUAGGCGCGACACAGAUGAGUGGCGCGGAUGUGUGGAUGAGUCACGGUGAUAAAGUCAUUGAGGUACCGCCGGGCUUUGUUGUGACCGCAAGCACAUCCAGUGCCCCCAUUGCAGCCAUGGAAGACAGCGAACGGCAUAUUUACGGUGUGCAGUUCCACCCCGAGGUAACCCACACCGCUAACGGUAAUGCUCUGCUGUCCGUUUUUGCGCUGGAGAUCUGUGGUUGUAAAGGCGACUGGACUGCGGAGAACAUCAUUGAAGAUGCCAUAGCUCAGGUGCGCCAGCAGGUCGGUGAUGAUGAAGUUGUCCUUGGCCUUUCCGGUGGCGUAGAUUCCAGUGUAGUUGCUGCCUUGCUGGCGCGCGCCAUCGGCGAUCAAUUAACCUGCGUGUUUGUUGAUAAUGGUUUGUUGCGCCUGGAUGAGCGUGAUGAAGUGGAAAAGGCAUUUGGUAAAGAGAGUGGUAUAGGUAAUGCACUGCCGCUGAAAAUCAAAACCGUUGAUGCAACCCAGGAAUUUUACGCCAAGCUUGCUGGUCUGGAAGAUCCCGAAGACAAACGCAAAGCUAUUGGUAACACCUUUAUCGAUGUUUUUGAGCGCGAAGCCAAAGCGCUGCCCGCUGUGAAGUGGCUCGCACAGGGGACAAUCUAUCCGGAUGUGAUCGAGUCAGCAGCUUCAAAACAUGGCAACGCACACGUAAUUAAAUCUCACCACAAUGUCGGUGGGUUACCCGAGCGUAUGGCGUUAGGUCUGGUUGAACCAUUACGUGAACUGUUUAAAGACGAAGUCAGACAAAUCGGACUGGUGCUCGGAUUACCGAAAUCUCUGGUCUUCCGGCAUCCGUUCCCGGGGCCAGGCUUGGGCGUUCGGAUUCUGGGUGAGGUGAAGCCGCAGUACGCUGAUGUGCUGCGACGGGCGGAUGCUAUUUUUAUUGAAGAAUUGCGUGAGGCCAGUUUGUAUGACGCUGUUUCCCAGGCCUUUGCUGUCUACCUGCCGGUUAAGUCUGUCGGCGUAGUCGGCGAUGCACGACGCUAUGAGCAUGUGAUUGCGCUGCGGGCCGUUGAAACCAUAGAUUUUAUGACAGCGCGCAGCGCACGCUUGCCUUACGACUUUAUCGAACGUGUUGCCAAUCGGAUCAUUAACGAAAUCGCCGAGAUUUCUCGUGUGGUUUACGAUGUGUCAAGCAAGCCACCCGCAACCAUAGCCAUCUAUCACAGUGCAGACAGCGUCUGUAUCUGGGUCUUCUCAAGUCGACAGGCGCGCAACUGCUUUGUAGAUGAAACCCAGGGUAUGUCAAAAGCGGAGCGUGAGGCUGCCGGCCUGGCGCCUGAUCUUGCGCGUGAUGAGUAUUGGAUGCAGCAGGCCCUGCAGCAGGCACAACUCGCUCAGGAACAGCAGGAAGUGCCUGUUGGUGCCGUGGUUGUGGUGGACGAUGAACUGGUCAGUAGUGGCUACAACCAGACGAUUUUGUCCUGUGAUCCCAGCGCCCACGCAGAGGUUGUUGCUUUGCGCGCUGCUGCCAGAGCUCUGCAUAAUCACCGGCUGCCUCAGGUGACCCUUUACGUGACGUUAGAGCCCUGCAUGAUGUGCGCGGGCGCACUGGUUCAGGCGCGCUUUGUGCAUGUCCUUCUGCUCGAAGCUGCGUUGGAUGAUAGCGAACAGCACCAGGUUGACCAGCUGCUGCGCUAUGGGCCGCAACAGGGAUUGCCUGAACCAGCUGGUUUGCGCGCGCUUACCGUCGUGCCGCGAACUGGAACAAUUUCUCCCUGGUCCAGCAAAGCGACAGAUAUCUUUGCGCUCUGUGGUUUAAGUAAUGUUAUUCGGGUUGAACGCGGUGUGCGCUGGUUUGUGAAAUCCGCCGAGGAAGCAGUUGAGCUUGAGCUUGCGCACUUGCACGAUCGCAUGACCCAGACAGUGCUGUAUGAAGAAAACUUCCAGGCGGUGUUUCAGCAUCAGCCGCCUGCGCCCGUGGAAUACAUUAAUCUGUUGGCUGAGGGGCGUGAGGCUUUAGUCAUGGCCAAUCAGACGUUGGGUCUGGCGUUAUCAGAUGAUGAAAUCGAUUAUCUGGACCAGGCUUACAGCGCCGCAGAGCGCAAUCCCACCGAUGCGGAAUUGAUGAUGUUUGCACAGGCGAACAGUGAACACUGUCGGCAUAAAAUAUUUAACGCGCAAUGGCAUGUGGAUGGCGAGCUUCAGCCCAAGUCGUUAUUUGCCAUGAUCAAAAAUACCUAUCAGAAGACCAAUGGGCGCGGGGUUCUGAGCGCUUAUUCCGACAACGCAGCGGUGAUACAGGGUAGUGAAGAAGCGCGAUUUUCGCCUUCGCCUGUUGACCAUAUCUAUCAGUUCGAACAAGCACCCGUGCAUGUCCUGAUGAAAGUAGAAACCCACAAUCAUCCGACGGCCAUUGCGCCGUUUGCAGGCGCCGCAACCGGUUCGGGCGGUGAGAUCAGAGAUGAAGGUGCCGUAGGUCGAGGCUCAAAACCCAAGGCGGGUUUGAGUGGCUUCACAACUUCGCACCUGAAGAUUCCGGGGCUUGCGCAACCCUGGGAAUUGGAGACGUCUAAACCAGUCCAGAUUGCUGAUCCACUGCACAUUAUGCUCGACGGGCCCAUCGGCGCUGCAAGUUUUAACAAUGAGUUCGGGCGCCCGGCAAUCAACGGCUAUUUCCGCACCUUUGAGAUGCAGUUAGGUCAGGAUGUGCGCGGCUAUCACAAGCCGGUCAUGAUUGCCGGAGGUGUGGGCAGCGUCCGCGAGGAGCAUGUGCAUGCGCAGGAUUUUCCUGUGGGUACGGCUCUGAUUGUGCUGGGCGGACCGGCCAUGCUGAUUGGCCUGGGUGGCAGUGCCGCGUCCAGCGUUGCCUCGGGAAGCAGCGCACAAGACCUGGAUUUUGCUUCUGUGCAACGGGGCAAUCCUGAAAUGGAAAGACGUUGUCAGGAAGUGAUUGAUGCCUGUUGUGGGUUGGGGGAUGACAAUCCAAUACGGCUGAUCCAUGACGUGGGUGCCGGCGGCUUGUCCAACGCAUUGCCGGAGCUGAUUCACGAUGCUCACGCUGGUGGGCACUUUCAACUGCGGGCGAUAAACAGCGCUGAUUCGGGCAUGUCUCCACUAGAGCUCUGGUGUAAUGAGGCUCAGGAAAGGUAUGUGCUUGGGAUUGAUGCUGCCGCCCUUGCUCACUUUGAAGCGCUCUGUAAAAGAGAGCGUUGCCCCUAUGCAGUGGUCGGGCAUUCAACAGAUGAUGGUCAGCUCGAAGUCUUUGAUCAGCAGUUUGACAAUUAUCCCAUCAAGCUGCCGUUAGAAACUCUGUUAGGCAAACCGCCAAAAAUGUCACGCGAGUUUGUCAGAGAAAAGAUUAUUCAGCCUCAGCUCGACCUUUCUGCGGUUGAAGUCACUGAGGCCUUGAGUCGGGUAUUGCAGUUUCCGGCCGUUGCCAGCAAACAGUUCCUUAUCACGAUUGGCGACCGUUCUAUCACCGGUCUGGUUGCCUGUCAGCAGAUGGUAGGGCCCUGGCAGGUGCCGGUGGCUGAUGCAGCCGUCACCAUGCGUGGAUAUACCAGCCUGCGGGGUGAAGCCUUUGCCAUGGGUGAGCGCAGUCCGCUUGCGUUGAUUGAUCCGGCAGCCGCGGCCCGUAUGGCCGUUGCGGAGUCGCUUACCAAUAUUGUAAGUGCCGACCUGGAAGAGGUGGAGCGUGUGGUGUUGUCAGCAAACUGGAUGGCGGCGACCGGUUCUAAUCUGGAAGAGCAGAGUUUGUUUGAUUCUGUGGUCGCAGUUGGAGAACAGUUCUGCCCGAGCCUGGGAAUAGCCAUACCGGUGGGCAAAGACUCGUUAUCGAUGCAGACGCGCUGGCAGGAUAACGGUGAGGCGAAGGCAGUGGUGUCGCCGGUAACGUUAAUUGUGUCUGCGUUUGCACCGGUGGCGGACGUUACAAAAACGUCGCUGCCUGUGCUGCAGCCGGAGCUUGAUCAUGAGUUGCUGCUCCUGCAUUUAGGGGGUGAGGCAUUGGGCGGUAGCGUGCUCGCGCAAGUCUACAAGCAGCUGGGUGACAAUGCGCCCGACGUUGAUGAUGCUGACAUGUUCCGGAAAAUGCUGGACUUUGUGCUGCAGUCCCGUCGAGCAGGACAGAUCAUUGCUCAGCACGAUAGAUCUGAUGGCGGGUUGAUUGUCACGUUGCUCGAAAUGGCAUUUGCAGGGCGUUGCGGUUUGCAGAUCACUCUGCCGGAAGAGACCGAUACGUUGGCGGCCUUGUUCAAUGAAGAGGUAGGCAUAGUUGUGCAGGUUGCCCGUUCGAACGUCGACGACUUUGUUGUCGCUGCACCUUGUCAUGUUUUGCGGCUGGGCUGCGCCACGCGCGCAGAACAGAUCAUAGUUUCGCAAGGUGCGCAGCGCAUUAUUGCCAGUUCCCGCGCAGAGCUGGAGCAAGUCUGGACAAAAACCAGCCAUGCGAUGGCGCGUCUACGCGAUAACGAAGCCUGUGCUGACGAAGAAUAUGAGGGGCUGCAGGACUCUGCUGAGAAAACCCCCGGGCUGCACGCGCAAACUACGUUUGUGGUGGAUGAAGACAUCUGCGCGCCUUUUAUAUCCGCAGCAAAACCUAAGAUCGCUAUUCUUCGGGAGCAGGGGGUAAAUGGCCAGAUCGAAAUGGCAGCAGCGUUUACCGCAGCGGGCUUUGAGUGUGUGGAUGUACAUAUGAGCGAUCUCAUAGAAGGGCGCCAACACCUGAAUAACUUUACCUCUGUGGUUGCCUGUGGCGGCUUUUCUUACGGCGAUGUGCUGGGUGGUGGCGGUGGUUGGGCAAAAAGUAUUCUGUUCAAUGAGCCCGUUCGUCGCCAGUUUGAAGAUUUUUUCAAAGCAGAUCGUCUGGUGCUGGGUGUCUGCAAUGGGUGCCAGAUGCUCAGUGGUUUACACGAACUGAUUCCCGGUGCGCAGCACUGGCCGCGGUUUGUAGCAAACCGGUCCGAGCAGUUUGAAGCGCGCAUGGUCAUGACCCGUAUAGAGAACAACAGCUCUCCCUGGCUGUCUUCGAUGGCUGGCAGUAUUUUCCCUGUGGCUGUAGCGCACGGGGAAGGGCGUGCAGAGUUUCGCCAGCAGAGCGAUCUUUCGGUUUUACAGCAGGCGAAUCAGAUCGCCAUGAGCUACGUGGAUGGCACCGGUGAAACAACUAUGGUGUAUCCGCACAACCCGAAUGGUGCGCCUGGAGGGCUGGCUGGAGUUACUGCCAAUAACGGCAAGGUCCUGAUUGCCAUGCCUCAUCCGGAACGUGUUUAUCUCAGCCGGCAGAAUGUCUGGCAGGAUAAGCGCUGGGGCGAAUAUGGCCCGUGGAUGCGCUUGUUUCGCAAUGCCAGGGUGUCGUUGGGUUGA